GGCCAGGGGAGUGUCAUAACGGGGAGUGUCCCGGGCCAGAAGCAUAUACAGCGGCUCUGCACUCUGCACUCCGCAGACUCGACGACCCUCUGCUCCCGCUGCAGCUAGAAGCGCUCACCGCGGCUCUCUCAGGUCUACACCCUAACGUUAGCAGCCCGUCGCCGAUCACAACCUACACAUUCAGGCAGGAUGGCAGUGCAGCACCCAGAGUUUGAUAGGGCCGGACAAACGCCGGGCCUCCAGGUGUGGAGGGUGGAGAACUUUGACCUGGUGCCUGUUCCCGAGAAGCUGCACGGGGGAUUUUACACUGGAGACGCCUACCUCAUCCUCAACACCAUCAAACAACGCUCCGGGAACCUGCAGUACGACCUCCACUACUGGUUGGGUGAUUCCUGCACCCAGGAUGAGAGCGGCUCAGCGGCCAUCUUUACUGUCCAAAUGGACGACUUCCUGGGGGGGAAACCCAUCCAGUACCGCGAGGCCCAGGGAUAUGAGUCCAAAACCUUUCUUGGCUACUUCAAGUCAGGAAUCAAAUACAUGAAAGGGGGCGUGGCGUCUGGGUUCAAGCACGUGGUCACUAAUGAGGUGGUCAUGCAGCGGUUGCUGCACGUCAAAGGUCGCCGUGCUGUCCGGGCAACGGAGGUGGCGGUCAGCUGGGACAGCUUCAACCAGGGAGACUGCUUCAUCCUGGACCUGGGAGCUGAGAUUUACCAGUGGUGUGGCUCCCAGAGCAACCGCUUUGAGAAGCUGAAGGCUACUCAGGUUGCCAAGGGUAUCCGUGACAACGAGCGCAGUGGGAGGGCCAGAGUUUAUGUCUGUGACGAGGGGAUGGAGAGAGAGAAGAUGAUAGAGGUGUUAGGUGAUAAACCAGAUCUGCCUGUCGGAGGCACGGAUGACAUCACGGCUGAUGUUUCAAACAGGAAGAUGGCCAAACUCUACAAGGUGUCCAACGCCAGUGGGAGCAUGGCCAUCGCGCUGGUAGCAGCAGAGAACCCGUUCGCUCAGAGCGCCCUGGAGUCCGGCGACUGCUUCAUCCUGGACCACGGCUCCAAUGGCAAGAUCUUCGUCUGGAAAGGCAAAGAUGCCAACAUGGACGAGCGAAAGGAAGCGAUGAAAGCAGCAGACCAUUUCAUCAAGAAGAUGGGUUACCCCAAACACACGGAGGUCCAGAUCCUGCCAGAGAUGGGCGAGACGCCGCUCUUCAAGCAGUUCUUCAAAAACUGGCGGGACAGAGAGCAGACAGAGGGCCUGGGCGUUGCCUACAUCUCUAACAGCAUCGCCAAGAUCGAGAAGGUGCCCUUCGACGCAUCCAGCCUGCACGACUCCCCCGCCAUGGCCGCCCAGCACGGCAUGGUGGAUGACGGCAGCGGAGAGAAACAGAUCUGGCGUAUUGAGGGGUCGGACAAGAUGGCUGUGGAUCCGUCCACACAUGGACAGUUCUACGGAGGAGACAGCUACAUCAUCCUUUAUAACUACCACCAUGGAGGACGUCAGGGACAUUUUAUCUACAUGUGGCAGGGCGCAGACUCCAGUCGGGAUGAAAUCGGGGCCUGUGCGAUCCUCGGCGCCCAGCUGGAUGACGAGCUUGGCGGUGGUCCUGUGCAGGUUGUUGGUGCUCCUAUAACAACUCAGGUGAGAGUGGUCCAGGGGAAAGAGCCGGCCCAUCUGAUGAGUCUGUUUGGAGGACAGCCCAUGGUAGUGUACAAGGGAGGAACGUCCAGGGAAGGAGGUCAGUCCGCUCCUGCAGAGACUCGACUCUUCCAGGUGCGCUCCAACUCUGCAGGACACACCAGAGCUGUGGAGCUUGACGCAGCGUCUUCCAACCUGAACUCCAACGAUGCUUUUGUUUUGGUGACCCCUGGAGGCUCCUUUGUGUGGGUGGGCAUGGGUGCCAGUGACACAGAGAAGCAGGGAGCCCAGCAGCUGUGUAACAUCCUGGGAGUGUCAGCCUCUGAGCUGUCUGAGGGAGGAGAGACUGAUCAGUUCUGGGAAGCUCUGGGAGGAAAGGCAGACUAUCGCACUUCUACCAGACUCAAGGACAAGAUGGACGCUCACCCACCUAGACUCUUCGCCUGCUCCAAUAAGACUGGAAACUUCAUCAUUGAGGAGGUACCCGGUGAGAUGACCCAAGACGACCUGGCCACUGAUGAUGUCAUGAUCCUGGACUCCUGGGACCAGGUAUUUGUCUGGAUCGGAAAUGAGGCCCAAGAGGAAGAGAAGACUGAAGCGAUGGCGUCUGCGGUCCGUUACAUCGAGACCGAUCCGGCCAACAGAGACCUCAGGACGCCCAUCGUCAAGAUCAAGCAGGGCUUCGAGCCGCCCACCUUCACCGGCUGGUUCCUGGGCUGGGACCACGAGUACUGGACCAGCGACCCCCUGGAGCGCACCAUGGCUAGUCUGGCCCUGUGAGAUCUCACCUGACCUUUGACCCCUCUGCUCCGCCGCAAGCACUGAGCUCCAAUCAUGAGACUCUCUUUAGCUGCCAAUACUCCCAGAAAACUUUUUUUUUUUUACUUAUUGUGUGCGUUUGUGAGGGCUACAGGUCGAUGAAGCAGUGGUUUAAUUCACUUUGUCUCAACCAAUCGCAAUAGAGCUUUAACAGAUACACAGGCUUCCUCUAGGGUUUGCACUAAAUACAGUCUGCUGCUUUUAUUGAAGCCAAUUUUUCACAUUUAUUGUAUAUGUUGACAAUACAACAUGUUCACUAGUGAAAUGUAAGGAAAACAGAGUCUUUGUGUACGGCAACAUUGGAAAACUCACUGCCAAGAAAAAAAACUGCUUAUGAAAAGCAAUACAACCGAUGCCUUAAUAGUCUUUCCUAGUUUACAGGCAAUCUGCUUUUUUUUUAAAAAAGGUACCGUUCCAGUUUAAGGAUGCCUUUAUAGAUAAGUUGUUUGCACAUUCAGUUUAGAUGCCUCUUAUAUUUAUUUUUUAAAUGUCACAGAUGCAUGCCCAGGAAAACUCGUGUGAUGCUGCAAAUGGCCAACUUUAAAAUGGGAAACCAACGCUUUGCUGCUUUACAAACCAGUUAUGUCUUCCGUGACACUUUCUAAGGUUUCCCCUGUUAUAAUUUCAAUAAAACCAAAUAAAAUGUGAAA